AACGACGUUUCCAUGAUUUUGAUAGUCUGUGAUGCAUGGGCUGCACUCGCAUAGCUCAGCAGGUAGUUAUAAAACCAUGUCAUUCCUCUGAAGGGAGAAUAUAAUACUGGCGGAUUUUUUUAAAUUUGGAGCAGCAGAUAACCCUGUGUCGCUUGACACUAGAUUAGAACAAUGGACAGCUAUACCAUAUGUCUUUGCAGAAUGUUCGCCGUAGGGUGUCACGUCCCUGUCGUUGUCCAAAUCACCUCCUCCUGGGCUUGAAGAUGCAUCAGCUGCCGCUUAGCCCCGUGAGGGCUUGCAAAAAGCACAGUAUGACACUUUAACAGAAGAUUCUAGGGAGAGACAAGCAAGUCUCUGGUGUGUUGCCUCCCCUCCUCCCCUGGACCGUGUCAGGUCGCGAUGCAAUCCCAUAGGCUGCGUGAAAUGGACCAGCAGCAGCAGAGGCCGCUGCUGCAGGGGGAGUCUGCCGUGGUGGGGGGGGGCCCAGCGGGCAUCUCCUCUGACUCCGCACAGCUCUGGUUCAUCCAGGACGGCUGCGGCAUGGUGUGUGCCUUCAUCACGUGGUUCCUGGUGCUCUACGCCGACUUCGUGGUCACCUUCGUCAUGCUGCUGCCAGCCAAGAGCAUGUGGUACGCCGUGGUCAACGGUGUGCUGUUCAACGGGCUGGCUGUGCUGGCGCUCGCGUCGCACCUGCGGACCAUGCUCACUGACCCGGGUGCGGUUCCGAAGGGCAAUGCCACAAAGGAGUACAUGGAUAGCUUGCAACUGAAGCCCGGCGAGGUCAUCUACAAGUGCCCCAAGUGCUGCAGUAUCAAGCCAGAGAGGGCCCAUCACUGCAGCAUCUGUAAGCGAUGCAUCCGUAAGAUGGACCACCAUUGCCCUUGGGUCAACAACUGUGUGGGGGAAAACAAUCAGCGCUUCUUUGUGCUUUUCACUAUGUAUAUAGCCAUGAUCUCGGCCCAUGCUCUUGCCCUCAGUGGGUUCCAGUUCAUCACCUGUGUGCGAGUUCAGUGGAACGAGUGCAGUGACUUCUCCCCUCCGGUGACGGUCAUGCUCAUGAUCUUCCUCUGCCUGGAGGCACUCCUCUUCCUCACCUUCACUGCAGUCAUGUUCGGCACUCAGAUCCACUCCAUCUGUAACGACGAGACCGAGAUCGAGCGCCUGAAGAGCGAGCGGCCCACCUGGGAGCGGAGGACACGCUGGGAGGGCAUGAGGGCCGUGUUCGGAGGCCAGCCCUCGCUCGUCUGGGUCAACCCCUUCGCUGGCCUGCGUCUGCGCCACUUGCUCGCCACGCGCACGCGGAAGAGCGGCCCAGAGUUCUCUGUCUAAACACACACACACACACACAUACACACAUACACACACACACACAUGCACACACAUACACACACACACACACGCGCUACACUACACCACACUGUGCACACACUACAUGCGGACGCAGGUGUGAGUUUCUGUGAGUCGUCCAUUCCAGGUGUUGGAGAGUUCUGGUCAUCAUGAGGACGCGCUCCAAAAAUAAUCCUAAAAUAGCACUGACUGGCACAUAUGUGUAAACAGAGACACACAGAUAACGUGAUCACCCACACAGUGUGUAUGUGGUCACACACAGAGACAGCGUCACUGGUCCACUCCCACGUCAUGAAGCUGAGCUUGUGAAAGAGACACAAUCAAUCAAGAGACACUAUGAUAUGGCAUACACUACAUGACUGCACCAAGAAGUACACACACACACACACUCACACACACUAACUCUCCUGUGUAAGGGAGCUUACUUGGUGCUGUGUAUGACUCCAAGACUGACUGGCUCCUUAGCGAGUACAGCCCGCCCUCCUAUGGAACUGCUUUGCCACCCAUUGGGUCUUAAAAGGGAAUAUGAAGCUGCAAUCAAACAGAAGACCUUUGUUGUCACCAUUGUUUAUUUUAUUAUUUUUUACUCGUCAUUUGUAUGUAUAUGUGUUUUGUUUUUUAAGCAUUGUCAAGUCAUCUCUUGUUUGUUUAAAGUGCAUCUCUCCUCAAUUGUUUAGGUGGUCCAAAGUCAAUGAUACAGCUGGGAAGGUUUAUGCACUGAAUGUCAUAGUUGAGCCGAGCCAGGCUGUUUGUGGUGCGUCCGUCUGGACACACUCGCUGGGCUUCGGACAGUGAUUUUACUGUAAGUACUCAGGAGAAUAGAGGAAGCGAGUAAGAGCUGAGGAGGAUGAAAUGCAUAGACAAAGAAAGGAGGCUGUGCUGGAGGGGGUGGGUAGAUGACCGGAUGCCAAAAUGGCCCAGUUUCACUCCCUUUCUGAACGGUCACCGCUCGUGUGUUAUUGUGAAAGUGGCCAAAGCCUCGGUUUCACGUGAAGUGACUGAACGAAAUUGCUGGAUGUUGAUGUCUGAAGACUGGGUUUGCUGUAGGGUUCUAAUGACCCAGACAAAAAAACAGAACCAGGGUUCGGAUCUGCUUUGGUGAUGGCAUACUAUCACCACUCUUUUUUUUUUUUUUGCCCAGCUUGUACAUGUGCACAUUAUAACGGCUUUGGCCCAUCCCACCCACUACAGCACGCACCCAUAUAUGUGUUUAAAGGACAGAGAGCGGUCUGUGCAGCCUGUUUAAUUACUAUACCUCCUGUGGGUGCUGGAAAAGUCGAGGCUUACUGCAGGGAUACGAGUGACAAUGAGAGAUCUUUAAAAGCUCAGUGUAAUUGCUUCUCAUAUAGUCUUCUGGGGUGGAUUAUUCAUUUGAUGGCUCAUAGUACAGUGGCCUGCAUGGUACAAAAGUAGUUUUGAUCUAUGACAGAUUAGUCUGGCUUUAAAAAUAGUGACCUCUAAAAUCCUGUUAUUUGAGUGCAUGCGCGUCAUAUAUGUAUUGAAAAAUCAAAAGUCUUAUUAUGACAGAAAAAUGUUACUCAAAUAAUAUUCCAAGGAUGUGAUGAACCUCUCACAACUCUGAACCAUGCAGUCAUUCAUGCAUCAAUCACUCCUUUUUUUGGUGCAAAGGACAUUGUUAAGAUAAUAUCAGGUGGAAAUGUGUAGUAUCUGGAGAAAACUUGUCUGUCUGUUGGAAUUAAAGAUUAUUUCGUACAUACUGA